CUCGGACAUACCAAAAUGGUUGACCUCCAACGCGAGAUGGAGAAACUGGCGGUGGACCGCUUGGCAACGUCGAUGCGCCGCCUCCAUGCGGCCAUUGACAGCAUUCGUGCAGUGAAAAUGCAUCCAUCUAUGGACAUUGAAACAAAGAUUCUUGACAUCCUGCCGCCUGUGGCCGAUACCACUCAUAGCACCAUCAGCGACAGGCUGCUAGCCCUUGUGAACGCCUUGUCCGAAGCUAUCGAGGAUGCCGAGGCUCUCGAAAGCACUCGAAGCCCUCCUGUAAACCUGCAAAAACCUCGAGCGCCAUUGUGCCUAUUGAGCCUUCGUGACUACACAGGCGUCCAGGCGGCCAUGGAACUCAUCCUGGUGUGGGGCGCAUAUCCAUGCGUCGAACAUGGCGUACUCACGCCCAUUCCACAACGAGUGGUGGCCAAGACCUUCAAGAUUGACCAGGCCAUGGUGCAACACGUGGCGACCGCGGCCUCCAGCCCCAUCAACCCGCCAUCUCAGCUCGACAACGUUUUGAAGAGUUUAUUGCGCAUCCUUCUGCUGUCGCAAUUCAAGCCCAUGUUGCUGCCAGCCUAUUUGUCGGACUUGUUGGUGUGCCUAAUCGUUCGCAUUCACUGCAUGCCCGAUUCUCCACCAGGCGCAGCGGCAGCUUUGCUGCAGCACCUUCUCGAUGCUGUGCCCAUUCGAGUCAUCAUGGCAAGCCUACGCGGAGUUCUCGCGACGCCACAUGACAACGCCGUGUUCAAGGCGCAGUGUGGUCGGCUUCUCUCGCAAUGCGUGCUGAAGGAUGGUGGCGUGCUCGCGACCAUUGAAAUGCUCCUAAGCACGGUGGACGAAGGCAACACCCAAGCUCGACUGCAAGUCGCAGCGCUGAUUGCCCGAUGCCCCCGCGCCCUCACAACCACUGAAUACUUCCACGCCAUCGCGCCACAAGUUCGGUGGUUGCUCACGCAUCCAACAACGAAGCUCCUACGCGAGGUGGCGGGACUCAUUACAUCCCAGUUGAUUCUGGACCAUCCCAUCGACGUUGUCGAUGCAUGCAUCUUGCGGCCACUCUUUCUGCCGCUCCUUCGAUUUGUUCUCGAAAGCGAGGACAGCAGUGACCCCUCCGACGACACGGCCAUGUCCUUCGUCUCGACGGAAGCAGAGAUCGAGGCAUGCGUCGCCGCGAUGAAAUGUAUGGUGCUUGGUCCCGUCCCGCCGACGCCUGUCUUGGACGCUCUCCUACCGCUCUUUCGACCGCUCGUGUACCUCGACGCUUUCGCGCGCACCAGCAAAUCGUAUCUUCAUGCUGACACGCAGCGGCUUCUCCUCUUGUUCACACAACAACAUCCUGCCGCUGCGACGCACAUUGCAUCGUGCGUUCUUACCACCGCACCGCCACGCCACGUCGUGCGUGCAUCGUUGUGGUGCACGAAGCAGCCAGCGCCCUCCACGUCCCAUGGACUGGUGUUUUGUGCUGGGGGCUCCGGUGGCGUGGGGCUGAGACGGGGGCAGGACGAGAACGUCAUCGAUCAUGUCAUCGACGCUAUUGUCGACCUGCUGGGCCACCCCGAUCUGGACGAAAGCAACGUCGUCGUCGGCGAGUUGUUUUCCCAUCUCUUGACCACGUACAUGCACGUGAGGACGACACCCCCAAGCGAAGGACUUGACAAGCUCGAUGUCGACACCGGGAGCAUGCGGCUCCUUCUCCAAAUCACCGAGAGUCUAGGCCCGGCCGUCCUUCGAAGCGGUGUCGUUAUCUUGCAAACACUGGUGACGGUGUUAUCCAUGUACAUCGACGCGGACAUUUCUGGCGACGACGCCGAGAACUUGGACGUCCUCAGCGUCGGGCUCAGCAUGGCGACAACAAUUGUCCAAGCAGGCGCAUCGGCGCGGACACCCGAUGAAGAAGCGUUGCUGACAAAGAUGCUGGUGCCGCUGGAGCAGCUGGCGGCUCAUCCAAACGCGCCCAUUGCGGAAAUGGCGAGCGACUUGAGUCUGCACAUUUUGUCUCGGUCGGCCGCUCCAGACGACGGCGCUCAGAGUGCCGUCGUCACAUUCGACGACAUGAUGGCCCGGUCCAACGCCGACUUGCAGAGCACUCAAGUGCCGCUGCGAGCGCGCGGCCUCGCUCGCCUGACCAAGUGGAUCCGUCGUCGGAAGCCUGUGAACAACGUCGAUGCGCUUGUGCAGCUGUGCAUCCAUCACUUGACCGACGCGGACAGCUACGUGUACCUGGCAGCCGUCCAAGCGCUCGCUGGGCUGGGGGAUGUGUUUGCAGACAAGACCAUUCCACUGCUGCUGGACGCAGUUCAGGACGUCAAGGUUUCGAUCGAACAGCGCAUCAAAGUCGGCGAAGCGCUCGUUUUUACCGCGCGGCGGUGUGGCGCCAUGAUGCCCAAAUAUGGCCGGGCAUUCGUGCACGGGUACUUGGGAUGCAUUCGCCGACAUCCCCAAGCAACCAAGAUGCAAGACAGUUUGGAGGAAGCCACGUUUCGUGCGAGUUGUUUAUCGAAUUUGGCCGAAGUGUGUGGCCUGCUGCAGUGGGCAAUUCACCCGUACAUCACGGACGUGGUGGCGUGUGUGCGGGGUAUCCUCGAUACGGAGCGACUCACGACGGACGCGCACAUCGCGCUUCGCCGAGGCGCGGUGUUUGUGCUGUAUCACAUGUUGCAGUUGUUCGGGCGCGAUAUACUGGAAGCGAUACCCGACGCAAUGACGCCGAUCUACCGUCUAUUGAAACAUGAAGCUGCGUCGGAGACGGACCCGGUGUGUCGGUUCCAUGCCGAGAACGGCGUGAAGGAACUCGACACGAUCAUGCGCGGCGAGCUAUUCCAUCUGAGCCAGGACGACGACGACCGCCACCCGGCUGGCCUUCCCUCGUUGAUAUUUCUCAACAAAGAACGUUAAUGCCGUCGGAGUGCACCCUUGCGUUGCCGCGACCAACCUCCCCUUGCCGGUGGCGUCGUUUGGAUGCAGC